AUGACGAUUAGUCGUCAAAUAUUUUUAUUUAAAACAGAAAUUACGCAAGAAGAAAUAUUAGAAAGAAUGGAUGAUCUUUUGGGAUGUGAUUUUCUUGAGAAUCCAGUUUCAACUGGUACAACAAUUAUGGCUGUAGAGUUCGCUGGUGGCGUGAUUAUUGGCGCUGAUUCACGAACUAGUACUGGUUCUUAUGUCGCUAAUCGAGUUACAGACAAAUUGACUCGAAUCAGUGAUAAAAUUUACUGCUGUCGCUCAGGAUCUGCUGCUGACACUCAAGCAAUUGCUGAUAUUGUAUCUUAUUCUACAUAUUUUUCUGAAAAUCAAAAUGGAAAAGAAGCUCUUGUAUCAGAAGUUGCUGCAGAAUUUCGACGUUUCUGUUAUAAUUAUCGCGACUCUCUUGUUGCCGGUAUCAUUGUCGCUGGCUACGAUGAUGUUAAAGGUGGACAAGUUUAUUCAGUUCCACUUGGUGGUAUGGUAAUUCGUCAAAGCUGCACAAUUGGCGGUUCUGGAAGCUCUUUCAUUUAUGGUUUUGUUCGUGAAAACUAUACAGAAAAUAUGGAGAAGGAAGAUUGUGUUGAGUUUGUAAAGAAAGCAGUAUUCCAUGCAAUGUUUCAUGAUGGAAGUUCAGGUGGUGUCUGUCGUAUUGGAAUCAUUACAAAGGAUGGAAUUGAACGUCGCAUCUUCUUCGCACCACCAUUGAACUCACUUUCUUUAAUGACACCAGUCGCAGCAACACCCGUUGCUGUUCAUCAUCACCAUCUGAAUAUCAAGAUCAGCUACAAAUAUAAGGAAAUCAACAAAUUAAAGGUGAAAAGUAAAAUCAUGGACAAAAAAAGUGAAAGUGAAAUUUUAUCACAAAAUAAUCAGCCAAACUCAGACGCAUCAGGCUGGAGUUGUUUACCGGAGAAUAUUUUAAUAAAAAUAUUUAAGUACAUAAGUGUCAAAGAUAUUCUUAACUGCUCAGAGUGUUGCAAGCGAUGGAAUUUUGUGUCAAAUGAUAAUUUAUUGUGGAAGUUUUUGUUUCAACAAGAUUUUAAAAUCGAAAAAAAGAUUCCUAGAAAACCAGGCUCAUCUUGCUGGUAUGACGAAUAUAAAAGACUUUGUGACAAUGUGCCUUUAGUUUUAACAGAAGUUUUGACCAAACACACACAUCAAGUGCUUCAUGUCAGCUUUUCUCACAAUGGAAAAAUGUUUGCAACUUCAUCGAAAGAUGGAUUUAUUAUCGUAUGGACAUCGAGCUUCCCUUCAAAACUCAAAUAUGAAUACGAUACGAAGAAUCUUUGUUGGAAGUACACGCAAUAUUCACAAUUUAAUCAAAGCGACACACUUUUAUUGGUAUCCGGUGUACAUUUUGGUACUCCAAAUUCGACUUCAGGAGAAAUCGCAGUGUUCACAGUUGCAAAUGGCUUUCAUUUACGUUGUAGAGUGCAAAACAAACCUUACGAUAUCUUCGGUUGUUGGUUUAGUGAUCAACAUUUACUGUCGGGAGAUUUACGGUGGUUAGCUCAUCUUGUAUCUAAAUCAACAAUUGUCUUGAAUAAAGCGAAUCAAGAAAUCGAUUCCGAAUACACGCCAGUCAUGAAGGAAUUGUAUAAUUUUUACAAUAGAAAUGCAUCAUCAAUAAGAAACAUAAUGAUUGCACAAUGUCCAUGGUUGGAAGAUGAUUUAGAUCCAUCAGCUGGUCCAAGCACUUCACAACAACCAACAAAAAGUGAUCAAGAAAAUCUCCGUCAAAGUGGAAAUCCAGUUUCAAACUUUGCUGGUCAUCUUUCUCAUUCAUCGCGUGAUUCGCCAGCUCCACAUCAACAAGCAGACAACGAUGAUUAUAGUUAUGAAUGUCCAAUUAAAUACAGUGAAGAAUUUCGACGAGAAUAUGAAGAAGCAGUGAGUGAAUCGUCAUCAGAACUUGAUGACUACAUCGAUAUUGAUAUGACUGAUGAAGAUCUUUACGAAGACCUCGACGAAGCAUGUCCAAAAUAUUUAAUUUUCUCCACUGGAUCUCGCACUUAUACUCCACAUCAAAUCGGAUUAAAACGAGUUGGAAAAGUGAAUUUUCCUAAGAAACUCGACCCGGGACCUUCGAUACAAGAACGAUUAGCAUUGCGUGAACGUCGCAGACAACUUGAGGUUCUUAUCAAUUCUCUCAGUCCCGAAGAAGCUCGUUUACAAUUUGCUAACUUUCAGAAUGGCCCAGAUUUACGUCCAGACCCAGACUGGUUAAAUUUCGAAUCUGUUGCUCAUCGAUUUGAUUCAAUUGACGCGUUAAUUGAUCUUGAAGGUCACAUAAUUGGAUUGGGCUUGUCACCCGACAAUCGUUUCUUAUAUGUCAAUUCGAGGCCUUGGCCCGUCAAUUGUGUGAUUUCCAAUCCUUUAGAUCCACCGCCAAUUUCACAAGAAAUUGAUAUUCAUGUCAUUGAUCUGCAGACAUUGAAGAAAGUUGGAACAAUGUUACGAGCGCAUAAAGCUUACACUCCCAACACUGAAUGCUUCUUCAUCUUCUUGGACGUGUCAGAUAAUUUUGUGGGUUCUGGAGCGGAAGACCGUCACGCUUACAGUUGGGAUCGAUAUUAUGGAAUCUGCCUUGCAAGCUACCCUCACACUGAUGUCGUUAAUUCUGUUGCCUUUAAUCCCAAAGAUGAUCAAAUGCUAAUCACAACAUCGGAUGACUACGAAAUAAAAAUAUGGCGAAGUCAAAUGUCUGUCCGUGAACAAGGAAUCGCUGGCAUAAUGCGUGCUAAUGAAGUAAAAAAUAAGCACAAAAAGAAGUGAAAAUUAUUUCGAAUAUUUAUUUACUGUGUUUGUUAAAUAUAUAAAUGUAAAUAUACAUUUUUCUUGUUUGAAUAAAAUUUUUAUCCCUUGUUCAUAAUUAUUUCAUAUUUUCAACCAGUCACAACUUUAUU